AUGGAGCCAUGCACAAAGGCACCACGGUAUGAGACGAGGGGAACGUCCGUGAACGCCAUUUUUGCCUUGACGGGUCCAAGUGCGGGGGUGUUGCAUGUCCGACCGGACUCUUUCCUGUCACAAACGAAAAAAGUUGACGACGCCCUUGUGCCUGUCUUGAAUGGCUGUUAUUUGCAGGUGGCGGUGCCGGCGGAUCAGUAUUGGCGCGCGGCAUCGCAACAUCACACACUUUUCCAAUCCUCAUGCUCUCACGAGCAGGUGACAGGACAGCAAGCAGCGCCUUCCACAUCGUUGCUACUGGCUACAGGAGUGCUCAAACGUCCUGACCCAAACAGCAUUCCCCGUUCAUUCUACGGCACGAGACUGGACGCCAUCUCGAAUCGACACUAUGCUGUUGAUCGCGGCGCCCUUGUCAUUGCGGCAGAUAAUCAAAAUGGACUUGGCGGGAAGUUGUUUAACACCUUACCUCGACAAGAGCUGCCUUCUUUUGUUGGGGCAAUUCCGAUGUGCCACCAUCGUAACCUCUACGUAUUAGUUGAUGAACAUGCUGCCGUGGAUCCGUUUUUUGAUAUUGACUGCCCCGUGCCACUUCAAUGGUUGGAGAAGGACAAGAGAGAUGAAAUGGGGUUUGCAGGAGAAGCGCAGGUUACAAAUUCCUCGUCAUUGGCAUCUCCGGAAGUGAUGGUGGCUUCUGUUGAGCAUUGGCUAGGUAAGAUUUUGCAUUUUUUGCGUGAUAAAGUGGAGGCAGCAACAGGAGCUGAACUGCAAGAGUGUGUGGUGUUGACAAGCUCAGUGGUUGUAUACAACGAUGUGAACGUGAGCAGGACUGCCGGGCACGGGGAUAAGGAGAGGGAGGAAGGGAAGCAAAAAGAAGGAAUUGAUCAUUUGCUCAGCUCCCGAGACAGCAAGCUCAGUUUUCAUGUUCAUUUUCGUUUGAAUAACAUGGCGUUUGCUAAUGUGAGGGAAUUGCACAGAUUCAUGUGGCAACUUCGAGAUGAACUUGACGUGUCUCUUUCAACGCACGAAAAUUCUGACUUGGCCUGCCUAUACCGGAUGCUGCGCCAGUGCAUUGACUUUGGUGUCUACACGCGUUGGCGGGCGUUUCGGUUGCCUUACAAUGUGAAGGCUCCAGUCUCUACCGGUUUUUGCCCCUCAGACGCAGCGGCGCUCGAUCUCAUCAUCUCGGCUCUCUCUCAGUCCUCUUUACUGUCUUUUUCUGUUCCUGAUGUUGACGUCGGUGCGGUAGCUCCUUCGGUGGUGCACCUUAUAGAUCUUUCUUUUUUAGAACACGUGGCCUUGCCUCUACAUUGCCAGCAGCAACACCGAAUGAUCACGAAAAUAUUUUUUUUGUUUCGAUUCUUGCUGCCUGUAAUACCCGGCGGGACCGCGAUUGGCGACAAGGAUCUCAAUGAUUUCUUGUCCCGGUAUCUGCCCUGCCCUCCAUGUAAUGGCGAAGUGAAUGCCAAAUAUCGCCAAGAUCUCGCACGUGCGGUUUUUGACAUUGGGGUGAUUCAGCGUGAAAGCAAUUCCAGUGGUCUGGAUCAAGAGUCUAACGGCGAUUUGCUCCGUCUAAUUGUUUUAGAUGAGAAAGUGAGUGAACAGCGAAAUCAAGAAGCAUUUUGUGAUCCAUUUGUGGUGCCAAGGCCCCCACAUCGUGAUGGCGUUCGUAUACAUGUUUACGAUAAAUAUGUUAAAAACCUUGUGGCCGAGGUCUUUCGAUGCCUAUGCGCCGCAUACGAUGGCUGUGUUGGAGGUGGUUUUAUGGUUGAGGAUGCUGAUGAGAAUGGAAGUAGUCGGUGUGGGGCGACGUCCCCUGUCGUGGGGGAUCGGGUGGUUGUUCAGUACCAGGAUAACAUCCGGGCUUAUUAUGCACAGCAGAAGCUCUCGAGGUAUUGCCUGAAUCAAGGUCGCGAGCAUCGUGGGACGUAUCCGCAGUUGUACUUGACAUAUGGGUCAAUCAAGUUGCGCUGCUACAGCAAUGAUUGUCAUAAUCGCUGUCUCGCUGUGAGGUGGUCGAAUGACGAGGAUGAACAAAUGACGGGAUCCACGGCGAUAGCCCUCCCAGUGGACGAGCGUGGGUACCCAAAAUACGAGCGACUGACUGAGAUACGCCACCUACUUUUUCCGCCACUUCCUCCAGAGGAGCUGUUGAGACGCUACGGUUCUUUGGCACUUGAGGGAAAGCAGUAG